GCUUGUUUUGGCUUUAGUUCCAAAAUGAUUGUUUCUGAAGAACAAGAAGAAGAAGAAGAGAGAUGUCCCAAACCCAAACAGCACCACUCUCGUCCUCCCAGUCUCCACCUAUGCCUCUUGCUCUUCACAGUCCUGGUGGCCGCCUUGUUCAUUGUCACUAUUUUCUCCUUUCUCACCAGUUCUCCCUACAUUGAUAGUACCCACAACUUCGAUCUUCAUUUCUCGGAAAUCAAAUUCCCUCCAGAGAGAAAUCGAAAUCCAACUCUAUCCCAUUCUACUACAUUCCCACCAAGUUCUUUUACUGCAGAUUUAGCACCACCAUUACCACCACUUCCUCAAGCAGUAAUAAAGUCAAAGCCAAAUAUUAAGGCAGUGGACACAACAAUGGAAGAAUCAGGUCCCUAUCACAAUUGGCAACUCUUUGUUGAAGAUUUCAAGGAAAUGAUGCGCAAUUUCAAGAUAUAUGUUUAUCCUGAUGCAACAAACCAAACCCAGUCCCAGUUUGGUCCCAUUUUCCUUCCCCACCAAAACCCAUUUGAUCCAAAGCUAGGAAACUACUUCAGUGAACACAUGUUCAAACUGUCUCUUCUUCAAAGUUCCCUCUUAACACUCCAUCCCCAACAAGCCCAUCUCUUUUUCUUGCCUUUCUCAAUCAAUCUUCUAAGGAACGACCCUCGUGUUCACUCCGAAGCUUCAAUCUCUGAGUUUGUCUCUCAAUACAUUACCAGAAUUCGCAGAGACUUCACAUUCUGGAAUGCCUCUGCUGGUGCAAACCAUUUCUACGUGUACUGUCAUUCAGUUGGUCGAGAGGCCGCUUCUAAGUUUCUGGAUUUACGUAACAAUGCAAUACAGGUCACUUGCUCUUCUAGCUACUUCCAGAGAUACUAUGUUACACACAAAGAUGUGGCACUCCCGCAGGUUUGGCCUCGCUCAAAUGAUCAACCUCUCACUCCCCCGGAUGCCAGGCAUAAACUUGUUUACUUUUCUGGACGUAUACAAAACUCUCGUAUUCGCAAAGAGCUGAUAGCUGUAUGGGGGAAUGAUUCUUAUAUGGACAUUUUCUUUGGAUGUACACCUUUUCCUUAUGAAGAAGGUUUUAGGAAGAGCAAGUAUUGCCUCCAUGUCAAAGGUUAUGAGGUGAACACUGCUAGAGUAAGUGAUUCCAUACAUUAUGGAUGCAUUCCUGUUAUUAUUUCCAACUACUAUGACCUUCCAUUUGCUAAUGUUUUGAACUGGAGCAAGUUUUCAGUUAUUAUCAACCAAGGAGAAAUAGCCUUCAUCAAAAAGAGACUUUUAUCAAUAACAAGACAGAUGUACCUAGAUAUGUACCAAAAUCUAUGCCAAGUUCGGAAACAUUUUUUGUGGCAUAAAACACCAAGGGGUUUUGAUUCCUUCCAUAUGACUGCUUACCAGUUGUGGCUGAGAAGAAGCAUGCAUCGCCUAUCCCACUAAUUCUCCCUGUUGUCUCAACAUGUUAAGUACUUGGAGGGCUGUAUGAAGUUUCACAUUGUGGUUACUUGCUCAAAAGAGGUUCUUUCUAUGUUUUCAACGCAUUCCAUGCUGGUGAUUACUUCAACAUAGUCUGGUUUGGGUCACCUUUCAAGAUUCUUUUUUAAUCCAAAUGGCUAUAAGUAUCUGGAACCCACUGUGGGAAUAUGAAUUCUCAUUCUUUUUAAGUGACAAUAAUACCCAAAAAUUGUUACCCCUUGA